AUGGUCCUGACUAAAAUCCAGGGAAUUCCAUGCAUUCUCAAUCCCGAACCGAGAGCAGUUAGAGGAGAAAGUCAGCCAACAGACGACCAACGCAAGCUCGAGCCUCGAGGCCAGUUUUGCAACGCCCGUCCGUGGUGGGAGUCAGGACCCGAAUUUUUUUUAGGUUUAUCGGUCACGGGUCCAGGAAAAUGA